AUGGCGGUUACUGUCCUACCUGCCAGCUCUAUGACAGAGUCCGUCAAGCUGGCGGUCCGAUCAACAACAACAUGCUCCGAUGCCACUGUGUUGUCUCUCCAGACUCUCCUACGCGCAUCGUCAAAAGCCCCCGAAAAGCCCUCACGGAGAACGACGAAAUCUUCAAAGGAGGCAACUACUGCUUCUAGUCGCGCGAAGACCUCGAGAACCACCAAAGGGAAGCCCGCGACCGACACCCCGUUGCACACAAUUGUCGAUCAGGAUGGGUCCGUAUUGUCGCCCCAGGAGAAGCUCAUUCUCUCCACAGAAGUAUUCAAUACCACACUCAAGACCCUCACGGAUGCGUUAAAAGUGCCCACGGCAAAACGGCAGACACCUUUUGCGGACAAUGUUUCGACCAAGUCAGGAAGGUCGGGUGCUGGCGUCGACACGGGUGUCUACGCGGCUGCCGAGUGUGCGCGGCUUGCUCUGGCGACAUUGCGAACUCUCAAAGUUGACCAGUCGAAUGGGGAGCUUCCAAAUAUGCAGCUCGAACAGGGAGUGUGCGUGUUGGCGGGAAAGUUGAUUUCUCUGGGGUUGAAUGACAUGGCGUGCAAGGAAUUACGGUCCCUGAAGCGAAGGAUACAACAACACCUGGACAUGAAGAAGACAGGAAAGAUAGCAACGGAUAUGAACGCCACAUCAGAGGAAGAGACAGGGCGAGAGCGGAUGUCUGACCUUCUCACAUUUUCGAAUAUCGCCAACGCACAAUCCGUAUACGGCCUCCUCAUUUCCUUCCACUCUAAUGCGAUGCGCCUUCUUGUCUCAGAGCGAAAGGCUUCGACUGUACAAAAAUUAUGUCCUCUGUUGCAGUUGUCCGAUCCCAGCAGCCCUGCCCAGAUCAUCACCUCGGCCUUCAAUUCUGGAAGCUUACCUGCCGACAAAGCCGCUCUUCAACUUCAGCUGCUGUCAAAUACCGUGCUUUCUCUUUGCUCCGGCAAGUCAAGCUCGAACGACGAUUCUUCGACAAGCCUGAAACCGAUCACGAACUUAACUCUGCAGCUCCUAUCCCUCGAAAUUCGAUCACUGGGGUGGAAGAUAUCUGGACAUAUCUGUGACGAAAGCAAAGAGGUGUUCGACCCGCUCCUUCGCUAUCUCGGAAGCUUCUCCCACCGCAGUAAAGGAAUUGAGAAGACCGAGUUUGCCAUGGUCUACAAAACAAUCACUCGGUUCCAGUCAUCGGUUUCCGAGAUCAAGAAGAAACCCCAGGAUGCAAAGGAUGCGACUUCCGCUGCCAGGAUUAUGACCGUUCUUGGGCAACUUGCUUUAGAUGCUGGUUGCUUUGAGGAAUCACUGAAGCUCUUCAGCCAGACCAUCACCCCGUUUUCAAACGCCCAGUGCCUUCUAUUGGCCACAGUUCAAUGCAAAACUGCUUCGGUCUACUUUCAGGCUUUGAAGGGUUCGAAGAAGUUUUUGGAUGGAGCGUUGAAGUCUACCUCAGAAGCAACCGAAGCUUUGGGCUUACAUCUCAAAGGAAACGCAUCAGAGCUCGAUGAACUUCUUGUUGAGGCUGCAAGGCUGAAGAAGCUUGCUCUUGCUUGGUUCGGUGAUGUAAUGAUGAAGACGACCGACAGCGAUAUCAUCAAGAACGAAACCGCCUCUCAAAUCCGAGAGUACCUCCAGGCUUUCCUACGGUUUCUCAGGCGGUAUAUUGGACGACCACCGGCAGAAGAUGGUGAUGACAAGGAGUUUGAGAUGUUCAAGGCUCGCGUCUCUAUGUCCAAAAACAUCAUUUUUGCCGCCGUCGAUUCCGCUGUUGCUGUUGGAAAAUUGUCGAUCACAUCUCGAAGACCCCCUUGGGAUGACAUGCUCCCCAUUCUGAGUGAUUGUCAUCGCCUGCUCGCCACUAUCGAAAACAGCGACGAAAGUUCCCCCGAUGCCGUGCUGAAUGAGAGCAUUGGUAUGGGUCUUGUGAAGCUCUCUAAUGUAUUCUGGUCUCGCUAUAUCAAAGAGAAAGAGGCUGGACAAUCUCACCGUGAGCUCUUACCUCUUCUCAAGCAAUCUACCCAGAUGAUCUGUGGUUGCUCUCCAUCCUUCCGAACCACCGCAUUUGCGGCCCUCAAGUAUGAGAGAAUUGCCCAUUUAUACUUGGACGGCGGCUUGUAUGGUGACUCUGAGAAAGCCCUCCGACAGUCAAUUGCAGAGUACAUUGAUUCUGGAACCCUGGAACAGAUUGCCGACAGCAACAUGGGAGCCCAACCAGGCUCGGUCAGCCAAGAUCCACAAAGCCCUGGUUUUAUGCUCAAUCGAGUCCUUUCGACUCUUUUGAAAAUCAAGUUGCGCAGAAGGGGAUCCAAGUCCCUAUCCAUCUAUGAGGACACUGAACUGGAGCCCGAACGACAGGGAAUGCUUCUUGAGUGGCAGAUGUGCUUGCUGUUUGAUAUGCACGGACAAUGUCCUAGCGAAGACGACUUCCGUUCAAUUCUCAGUCCAGUUCUAACUACCCUCCUCGACAUGUUUUCUCUGAAAUCUCACCCAAUCCGCCAUGGCCGAGUGACCCUCGCUGCUCUCCGGUUUCUGUUGGAGUACCCGAGUGCUCUUGACUCAGCCCUGACCGACCGGCUUAUGACAGAAGGUUCUGAAGGGCUGAAAUGCGAAAGCGGCUUCGGAGAAGACGCAGACUUGGCUUCAUUUGUAACCCACAUCACAAACUCAUUACGAGUGAUCGUCGGUUUCCACCAAGGCAAGAUGGACCUAAAUCAACUGGACGACACGCUUGCUUCAUGGACCUCGAUGAUUCGCCAGUGUUCUGACUGGAAGAGUCUGCGUCUCCAUAUCCACGAUACAGAUUAUUGGGUUCUCCAGCUUAAAGCCUUGGUUGAUUACACCGAGAUCCACGGCCUUUGGAAGGCUCAGCUCUGUACCCUGGAGCUAAUCCUACGUGCUGCCGAACUUCAAGAGUCCGGAGAUAUUUCGGAUGCGAUCAUCAUUCUUUCACGUUUGGUUUUGCAAAACUGCCGAAUUGGUCAUUGCCAGAAGGCAGGGAAUCUUCUUUCGCGUGGCGAGCAAUAUCUUGCACAGAACAAAGUGUCCUCCUUGGCAACUCUGUCUUAUAAACUCGCAAAAGUUGAAUAUCUCCUCGAGAUUUCGCAAGUUGACAAAGCCGCGAUGCUUCUCACCGCCGCUAGAGCUCUGUAUGAGAAAUGCCAGAAGUCAGAAGAGCUGACGAACUUGUCCAUUCCGUCCAAAAUCUCAUGGGAGAGGCUUGUUGCUGACGCUGCCUUUGCUCAGUCCCGGCUAUCAACAGCGCAGGGGUCAAUGACCCAGGCUCUCUUCUUUGCCAAACUGUCUGUUCGACUCAACUGCCGAAUCUGGGCCAAGAUCGAGAAACUGGCGCAGAAGAAGCAAGACAAAUCACUGCCUGUGGCAGGGAGCUCUGAUGUUGAUGUGGUCGCUGAAGGUGUAGCCAAGCUUGAUCUGUCUCAGAAUGGAUCUUCACCGGACGUCUCAGCCAGCUACAUUCAAGGUGCUCCAUUCUGGCCACAUCUCGGCUCGCACCACACCUGCUUGUUGAACCUCGCGAGAUUAUCCGCCCACCAUGGGCUAUUCCAGGACGCCAUCUACUACGGAGAACAAGCAUUGAAAAUUGACAAGACACUUGAUGCCAAUGGCCGGCUUGUCGCAGCUCAAACUCAGCUUGGCUGUUACUGGAUCCUCGGUGGCCAUGUGGAUGAAGGGCAAGAUCUUCUGGCCUCGGCUUCGGAAUCGUUAAAGCAGAUCCAGACAAGCGUUGAGACAGUUUCCCUUCAUAUGGCACUUGCUUCUCUCUACAAGGUGCAGGGUGAGCAUGAGAAGGCAUUCCGCUUGCUUCAGGAGGCGGAUAAAGCCAUCACAACUGUCUCAUCUUCUGAUGUGACUAGCAUGUCGGAAGCACCAGAUGUCGCGGCCCUUGAAGAGCAAAUGCAGAAUUUACGGGUGAGAAGUAGUCGGCGCACACCCUCAAGAUCCUCAACUACUACUGCCGGUCGACGCACUCGUGCAAAUAGCGCGGCAUCAUCCACUGCCGCUAAGAAGGCAUCAACACCUAAAACUCCGCUACCUGAAGUCCAAUCGAAGUCUCUUCUCCGGCUAAAGGGCGACGUUCUUCGACAACAAGCAGACUGCUUGCGGUCUCUCCGUGACUUCGACCGAUCCGCGCAAACUCUGGCCGAAGCUCGACAAUUUGCAACUGGUCGCGAGAGCAAAGUCUCCCUGGAAAUCGGGGAGAGUGGGCACCUUCUGGCUGAUGCUAUUCGCAAUUUUGCAAGCCAUGCAGUGUAUUGUGUACUCCCGGAAUCCACAAUCUCGCUACCUUCCCUCAUGUCACCAGCCAAAGGAGAAGACACAGGCAUGCCAGCAACAAAACCAACGACGAGGAAGGCCAAGGCCCCUGCCCGCGGUCCUCGUGCAAAAGUACAAAAGGCUAGUGAGGACUUCUCAAUCAUGCUUUCAAAGGCGAGCGAACGCCUUACUAGCGUCUUUGCAGAUGCCACUGUUCUUGGCUCGACUCUUGAAAGCCACGCAGCAUCUCGUCUGAUGAGUCGAAUUUCUAUGCUUUCUCAUGCUACUACCCCGGGGGGUCCUGCAACCUGGGCGCAAUCCCCGGCGAACAUGAAUGAAAUUGGCCGUGUUGGUGCAUUUGCCCGCGAACGCAUGGCUAUCGACUUCGACCGAAAACUAGCCGAUUUCUCCGACCCACUGCUUUGGCCAUCCUCGUCGCCCUCCACUAUCGAGAUGACCGAAGAAAUUUGCUCGAAAUUUACUGACAACUACGUCGAUAUUUUGCCUGAGAACUGGAACGUCCUGUCACUGUCUCUGAGUGCGGAUCAGACCGAGUUUGUGGUCUCCCGGCUUCAGAAGAAUCGCUCUCCUUUCCUUCUGCGACUACCUCUGCGAAGAGGCACUUCUGAUGAUGAUGAAGAGGAGCAGUUUACUUUCGAGAAUGGAAAGGAUGAAAUGCUAGAGCUCAUCAAGCUGGCAAACCAGAGCGCACAUGCGGCUAAAGCUCAAACUGAUAAGCAGUCGAAGAAGGAGUGGUGGAAGAACCGCGAGGCUCUUGAUAGCCAGAUGGAAAGCCUUUUACAGAACAUUGAAAAUGUCUGGUUUGGAGGUUUCAGGGGUGUUUUCUCGCCGCUUUCGCGGGAUGGCUCUGCCCUGGCCAAGUUUUUGAGCGCCUUCCAGGGCAUCCUUGACAAGCAUCUGCCCUCUCGACAAAAGGCCGGGAAAGCUUCUUCGCCUCACCUUACGCUUCAUCAGAACGUUGUGGAGUUGUUCAUUGGACUCCGAGAUCUCGAGCAGCAGGAAGAACCGGAGGAUACGCUGAUGGACCUUCUCUACUUUGUGGUCGAUAUCCUCCAAUUCCAAGGCGAGCGCAAUGCCUACGAUGAGAUCGAUUUCGACAUGAUGGUUGUCGACACCCUUGAUGCCUUGCGAUGCUAUCACGAAGUCGCACGAGAAGAGCUCGCAUCUCGGCCACCCAACCAUACCAUUCUAGUACUGGACAAAGCCCUCCACUUGUUCCCCUGGGAGUCUCUUCCAUGUCUCCAGGGAUUCCCCGUCUGCCGCGUCCCGUCUCUAGAAUGUCUCCGCGACCGAGUCCUCCAAUUCCGCGACUCCCGAUCCGGCGCAGUCCUAGAUCGCACCUCGGGCGCUUUCAUCCUCAACCCAACAGGCGAUUUGCGCACCACACAAAAAACAUUUGAAGAAGACCUCUCAGCGCAGAAGUUCUGGACGGGAGUAAUCAAGCGCGAGCCAACAGAAGACGAGUUCCGCACCUCCCUCGAAACCAAGGAUCUUUUCCUGUAUUUCGGCCACGGCAGCGGCGCUCAAUACAUUCGCGGUCGGACUGUGAAACGCAUGACCAAGUGCGCCGUCACCUUCCUCAUGGGCUGUAGCAGCGGCACCUUAACCGAGGCAGGCGAGUAUGAGCCGUAUGGUACGCCCAUGAAUUAUCUCCACGCGGGUAGUCCGGCGCUUGUGGCUACAUUGUGGGAUGUUACCGAUAAAGACAUCGAUCGUUUCUGUACCUCUGCCUUCGAUACAUGGGGAUUGCUUGUGAAGAAAGGAAAAUCUCGUCCAACUGAUGUUGGUUUGGAUACUGCGAUUGCAGGUGCGAGGGGAUCGUGUGUGUUGAAGUAUUUGAACGGGGCUGCGCCCGUUGUUUAUGGUGUUCCGGUGUUUUUGGAUUGA